CUCCUCACCCCUCUCCCACUGUCAGUUCGGUUUCUUCUCUAUAUCUCACACAACGAGCACAAUAAUAAUAUAAUAACAAAACAUUGUACAACAAAACUGGUUUUAAACCGGUUCCGUACAUAAACAUACAGUGACACUUACUACUAUAGUUAUUGAUUGAUAGUUAAAACUGAAAUAUUUAAUGUACUGUCAUGAUAAUUGUACACUAAAUAGUGAAGAUAAAAGAAGAUAAAACAAUUUAAUAAAUUGUAAACAAAGUAAUCCACUACACCGCAGAACAGUGUUCAUAAAAAACUGGUUUUCAGGAAGCCUUAAAAAGUGAAAAAGUGACACAAAAAAGCAUUUUUAGAAUUUUAUUAUGAACAUGCAUAUUAGGAAAUAUUCGUUGAUGUUCUUUAGUUUUGUAAAACUGGGAUUAUGACAGUUUUCUUAAAAAGGUUUGUUGAUUAGUUGAUUGAUUGAUUGAUCAGUUGAUCAGCUCACUAGCAGGGACAAGGUGGCGCACUCACAUAUUCAAGUUGAGGUUUCCACCACAGUAUGGGGACAGGCUCAGUUAAGCCAGGGUAGGUGGACUGGAAGCUCUGGUAACUCUGGCAACUAUUCAAAUCCAGAUUCUAUCAUGACCCAGGCGGAUAUGAACGGAGAAAAAGACCAACAAGCUCUACCAUCAUUCUCAAAUCUGACUAGUCAUGGUGAUAGCUCUGAUCUUGAGAAAGCUGCGAUGAACACUGCUGUAGCCGCUGCUACUGCUACUGCUACUGCAACAGCAACCGCUACUGCACAAGCUCUCAUCGAGAAUAAAGGAAACGGUGAUCUCCAAAACCAGGGAGGAGGAGGAAAGGGAAUAAUGCAUGAAGGAUCCAUGUCUCCCAUGUCCGGCAUGCAAAAUAUGCUGCCUGGCAUGAACUCAAGUGAUGGCAUGAACGGCAUGCAGCGAAUGUCCAACAUGUCCGGCAUGAUGUCCCCCAAUAUGAUGCAGAACGGGAUGCAGAGUGGAAUGCAGAACAUGAUGCACGGUCAUGGGAUGCAAAACGGGAUGUCCGGGAUGAAUGGAAUGCAAGGCAUGAAUGGGAUGAACGGGAUGAAUGGAAUGAAUGGCAUGGGGAUGAGCGGAUAUGGAAACAGUCAGAUGCAGCAGAUGCAGUACGGUAAUGGAUACUCCAGUAUGCAGAUGAACCAGGCCGGUUACCACAUUAACCCGAUGGGGAUGAACUCUAUGAGUCGGAUGGGGAUGAUGCAGGGGAUGAACCCCCGGAUGAACAUGAUGAAUAUGCCCUCCUCCUCUUCAAUAUCCAGUAUGCCAAACAUGUCUAAUAUGUCUAACAUGGCAAAUAUGCCAAUAAGAGCAGGUGGGCCUAGUAUUAACAUGAGGAUGCCAAUUGAUUCACGUAUGUACAGUGCACAGGGCCGACCCUCUCCUUACCCUAACCCGGCCAUGUACAUGGCCCAAAAAAGACACCAAACUCCUAUGUACAACAGUCAGAUGCAAGGUGUUGGUCCCAUGUGCCCGUCUAACGGUCAGUACAUGGGCCGAACCCCCUUCCCCGGCCCUCAGGGCGGGUACCCCAUGGGCCACCCUCAUAAUAUGGGAGGUGGGCCUGGGCCUGGAUAUAGUGGCAUGCCUCCCAGCAUGCGGCAUUCAAAUAUGAUGCCUGGUAACAUGCCUAUGACUUCCAUGCCCCAAAGCUACCCAGUGAGCUCGCAAAUGGGCCCGAUGAACUCUGUAAUGCGCCCCUCCGGCCCUGGUAGUGGAUACCCCGGUCCUAUGGGAAUGCAGGGUAGCGGAAUGUACCCAGUGCGCCCCAAAACCGAAAUUCCAACCGUUUCUCCGCGCGGCGCAUCCAUCUCUACCUUCCAACAUUCGCCUGUACCAGGAAAUCCUACUCCGCCCCUGACACCGAACGGGGCGGGAAAUUGUAUAUCCGCCCCCUUUGCCUCUCCACUCAGUGAACACGGCAGCACUAACUCCGAUACCAAACCAAACUUUAACCUGGCCAAAGAAGAACUGCGUUUAACGUUCCCAGUGCAGGACGGUAUUCUUCUACCACCGUUUAGGUUGGAGCAUAAUCUGGCUGUUUCCAACCACGUCUUUCAUCUUAAACCCCAGGUUCACCAGACCCUGAUGUGGAGACCAGAUCUAGAACUACAGCUAAAAUGUUUCCACCAUGAAGAUAGAUCUAUGAACACAAACUGGCCUAGCAGCGUUCAGGUUAGCGUGAAUGCUACUCCUCUAAUGAUUGAGAGAUCAACUGAGGGUAAAACUGGUCACAAACCUCUCUACUUAAAGGAUGUUUGUCAAGCAGGACGGAAUACUAUUCAGAUUACUGUCUCAGCAUGCUGCUGUUCGCACUUGUUUGUUCUACAGCUGGUUCAUAGACCAUCGGUUAGAUCAGUACUACAAGGGUUAUUGCGUAAGCGUCUGCUUCCUCUUGAGCACUGUAUAAGUAAGAUAAAACGCAACUUUUCCACCAACAGCAAUGGUCAGGACAACAGCAAUCCUGGAGGAAAUCAGGAGGACGGACUAGAACAGACAAGUCAGAAGGUGUCUCUUAGAUGCCCGUUAACAUUUAAACGUAUUGGUCUACCUGCCCGCGGUCAUGACUGUCGGCAUAUUCAAUGUUUUGAUCUUGAAUCCUACCUAAAGAUGAAUUGUGACAAGGGGGUCUGGAAGUGCCCGGUGUGCAAUAAAACUGCACUACUGGAGGGUCUCGAGGUAGAUCAGUACAUGCUUAGUGUACUGCAGAAUCCUGCAUGUACAGACGCAGAGGAGGUACAAGUAGAUGAACAGGCAAAUAUGCAGCCCCUGCAUAUCAAGAGUGAGAACGGUGAGCAGGAUUGUAGUUCCUCGAUGCACCCUAUCUCCCCGGGGAGUAUUAAACUGCCCAGCAUGGGAUCCUGGGACCUAACGUCGUUGAAAUCUCCAGCUCUAUACGCACCUCCAGACAUGAACAGUAUUGUAUCCGGGCAGUAUCCUCUAGAAGAAGGUCCUUUAUCCCAGAUGUCUGAAGCUGUAAACAAUAUUGGAGAGGGAGGACUGGGUCCUCAUACACCUUGCACCCCUCAUACACCGGGCAUGCCCGCCACCCCUCACACUCCCGGGACCGGGCAUAAGAGUCCGAGAAAUGGGAAUAACAGUGCUGAGAAAAACAAAGAUCUGUCAGAUAUUCGGACUGAUUUCUCCCUGGACGAUCUAAACUUUGACCCCGCAGCUCUUAUUGGUGAAGGUAGCGGGGACUGGAAUUUAAAUAACAUGGAUCCGAGUGAUCUAUUGUCCUUCCUUGAUGGGCCGGGAGACCUAGCCACGCCCCCGUCCUCUGGGGCGGGAUCGGAAAGUGGAAGCCGGCAAAACACAUCCCAAGACGACCUUUUAUCUCUUUUCGACUGAAACCUACAGCGCCAUAUAUGGAGAAAAUUUGAAACAUUUUAAGCCAAUAAAAAUGGCGGGUGAACAAACAACUUCUUUUUGGGCUCGAUAAGUCGAGUUGACUCAUCACCAAACUUAUCUGAAUUGAGAAGUUUUCUCUCUCUCUACCUACUUUAAGCCAAAAUACAGUUUUAAUUUGAAUGCUUGUGAUAUAUCAUGAUAUUGCAAAUUCCAAGUUUAAUCAGAAACGGUUUCCAAAAAUAACCCGAGAUUUCCGGAAUUCUGGACUUUGUAUCCGAUUCAUUUAAAAACAUAAAUUUAUAUAUUAGAAAAAAUGAGGAACCUUUAUAAAAUAUUAUAAUCGUUAACGCCUGAUGCAUGUGUUCGACCUAAAGGAUGUUAAGGGGUUAACCCCCUUAACAUUGUCCACAUAUAUAUGAAUUUGUCUAUAAAUGUAUAUAUGUUAAAUAAUGUCACAAAACUUAAACAAGUUUUAAGGAAGAAUAUCACCUACUUUAUGUAAAAAAGCCUUUUGUACAAAAUUGAUUAAUUUGAUAGACCAAAUCUAAUUAAAAAAGUAUUAUUAUUCAGUUUUACUAUUUACGCCCUGAAUUGGUCUUUUCAAUAAGUACAAAACAAAGGUUAAAUUUAUUUUUGGCAACAUUUCCAUUUUAUUUAUUGAAAAUUUGUAUUAAAUUUUAUUACCAAAUUUUGCCAAAAAUGUAUUUACUUUCUAGAUCUUUCAGAAUCCCUCUUCCCCGUAAAAAAAACAUAAUCCCAUAUGCAAUAUCAUAUAUGCAAUUAUCUAGAAAUUUAUUAAUUCAUUCAUAGAGAAUUUAGUCCCAGUGUAGAAAAUCAGAAAAAAUGUAAAUUUUAGUGAUAUUAUAUUUGUAAAAAUUAGAGAAAGCUGAUCAGCACCAAAACCUAGUUUUAUUUUCAUGCUUCGUGUACUAAAUGCUUUAUAUCAAGUCGAUUUCUGAUGUAAUGUAUUAAUAUCAAGUGGAUUGGAUGUGUGUACUUAAUGAUUUAUAUCGAGUCGAUUUUAAGUGUACUGAAUGAUUUAUAUCGAGUUGAUUGUAAGUAUGUGUACUGGAUGCAUUACUUGGAGUAAAUCGAAAGUAUGAUUA